AUGACACAAAGUAACAAUGUCACAGAAUUUCUUCUGAUGGGCCUCACUCAGGAUCGUAAUGGGCAAAAAGUGUUAUUUGUCAUGUUUUUACUCAUGUAUAUUUUGACUAUGGUGGGGAACCUGCUCAUUGUGGUGACUGUUAUUGCCAGCCCUUCCUUGGACUCCCCAAUGUACUUCUUCCUUGUCUCUCUGUCACUAAUGGAUGCUCUUUUCUCCACUGCCAUCUCACCCAAGUUGAUCAUAGACUUGCUCUAUGAUAAAAAGACCAUUUCCUUCCCUGUCUGCAUGGGCCAGCUCUUUGUAGAGCAUUUCUUUGGUGGUGUUGAGGUCUUUCUUCUGGUGAUGAUGGCCUAUGAUCGCUAUGUGGCCAUUUGUAAGCCACUGCACUAUUUGGCCAUCAUGAAUCAACAGAUUUGUAUCCUCCUAUUGUUAGUGGCCUGGGCUGGAGCUUUAGCACAUUCUGUUGUUCAAUUUGUCUUUGUGUAUACUCUCCCAUUUUGUGGUCCCAAUGUCAUUGACCACUUCAUCUGUGACAUGUACCCAUUGUUAGAGCUUGCAUGCACUGACACCUACUUUAUAGGUCUCACUGUCGUUGCCAAUAGUGGAGCAAUCUGUAUGGUGAUCUUUAUCCUUCUCCUAAUCUCCUAUGCAAUCAUCCUGAACUCUCUUAAGACUCACAGUAAGGAAGGGAGGCGCAAAGCUCUGUCAACCUGUAGCUCUCACAUGACAGUGGUUGUCCUCUUUUUUGUUCCCUGUAUUUUCAUGUACGUUAGACCCCUUUCUAACUUUCCUGUUGAUAAAUUCAUGACUGUUUUCUAUACAGUUAUUACUUCCAUGUUGAAUCCUUUGAUAUACACCUUGAGAAAUUCAGAGAUGAAAAGUUCUAUGGAAAAAAUUUGUAUACAGAUUAACUUGUCAAGGUCUCCCAUGAAGUGA